UGUAAAAAUAGAAAUGUGAAAACCCGUUUGUUACUAAAAAAGGUAGACAUGUCUAUAUCUAGCUAUCCUAAUUCAUUCAGUGGAAAGGGUUUCAUUAAGUAAGGAUGGCAGAUAACUAUUAUCGGUUGGUGACAUUUGUCGUGAAUAUCUGCCCGAAACCCUUAAGAGCCCUUUUUGUCUCAAAGGCAGAAUCCGAUCCAAACCAUCUCUAUACUAGCGUGAAAGACUAUCUACAAAUUCGGGAAUCUGAUAUAAGAAAGAUACGGCAAAUCAGACCAGAUCAACUUAAUCUUAUCUAUCCACAUUUUGGGUCUGUUGAUAUAGAAAAUUGGGACGUUACUCUGCUGAUACUCCUGCUUAAGGAAUUAUUUCCAAAUCGAUUACAACAAAAUGAAAGAGACUGUCUCCACGAUAUUACUGAGAUCAGAAACGAAUUACAACAUAUCGCAAGUACUGAACUUGUAACUGACAAAGAAUUCAACAUAGCAUGGAAACGCCUGAGAGAUGCUGUUGUGAAGUUAAAGACUCUGUCAGGGUCAACGACGUUAGUCGCCAUAGAGGACGAAAUUAAAUCGGUAUUACAUGGUAACAUGCCAUCUCUUGCAGAUGUACUAAAUACAUGGCUCAAGUCUCUAUACCAUGAACAAAACAAAAAAUUUUCCGACAAAAUCUCGGAACUUGCCGAGGAAAUAAAAAAUCUGAAAGAAAAACUCCAGUUGCAGCAUACAGAACUUACAAAGAAAGUAACAACUGCAAAAGAAAACUCUAAAGAAUCAAAAAAGAUUUUAAAGAAUGCAAGUGUAAAAAGGAAGGGACGCUCAGGUGUUGCUGAAAAAAGAUUUAAAGUUUUUGAUGAUAAAAUCGAUCGAAUGAAAGGUAAACUCGCGAGAGCACUGUUAGAAGAAAAUGACUGCAAAGAAAAUUUCAAGGACGCAAUUUCCGAGAUUUUACAACAGCUCACCGAUAAUCAUCGUGUGAUUGUGACCGGUUUUGACAACAAAUUAACGUACAAAUGUGCACUUGCCGCUGUACAGGAAAGAAAGUACAAUCGAAAUGAUCAAUGUUUAGAAAUAAACAACCCUUCAGACUGGAAAAGAAUUUGCUCUGAAGAUGCACAGUUUGUUCUUUUUCGGGAACCGUUUGGGAUAUCAACUUAUGAUUCUCACAAAGUUGAAGUGAUGUGUGAAGAAUUUGACAGUAUGAUACAAGCAACUGAUGACGAUAAUGAUGAUGUCAUUGAUAUUGUCAUAGUAACCAACCAAAGGCUCCUGAAUGAGGUGACUAGACGCAAUGAACAUGACAUGCUAUCACCAUCUUCGACCGUAUACAUAGAUUCUACAACAGAGAAAUCAACAGACGAGAACAUAACAGCAGACGACACUGUCCACGGAAACCUUCUUGAAAUGUCAAGGAUGUUCAAGAAGGAAUAUAAAUUAAAAGAAUUCAAUAGUAAAGCGAAAGAAAAAGCAGAAAGUAUCUUCUUAAAGCACAGUAUGGUGGUCAUUGUUGGACCAACUGGAAGUGGUAAAACGAGCCUUUCAUUUGAGUUAUUGUCCUCGUACGACCUCAGCAAUGGUGAAGAUAAUUUUCUCGUUAUCUCUAACCCAGGCGAGUUGAAGUAUAUCAAGUUCUCGUUACGCCCGGUUAUCAUAAUUAAAAUUUAUGGUCAAACAAGUAAGUGGUACAGUCAGUUUGACAGACUGUAUGCAGCGGUAAAAGCACGCCAGAUAGCCGUUAUCACAACUAUAGGGUUGAAGACGUUUCAAAUGAUGCAGGCAAAUAUGCUGUCACAUCCAGUUUUAGAGCAUGUUGUGCGCAUGCCAGGAAGUGAAGGUCUGAAUGAAGAAAGAAUUGAUUUUGAUGUAAAGACUGAUGGCACAAGUUCAAAUGUAUUACAUGAAGGAAAUAUCGCGCAUGAGGAUACAAAUAUUGAUGAGCAGAGAUUAAGGCGUGUAAUAAGCGUUCGGAACUAUAAGAUUAAGCACGAUACACUCGAGGAUGGUUGUUAUAUUAACGAUGUAUCAGUUUUACCUACAGGAGAUAUUUUAUUAGCUGCCUCGAACAUGAGUAAGCUUAUAAAAGUGAACAAACAUUAUGAUGUUAUCAGUACCUUAUCAUUAAAUAAUGAACUUUAUCUAGUCAAUGUGUGUCACAUAGGUAAUAAUAUUGCUGUAGUAUUAGGUUUUCGCAACCUGCUCUUUGUUGAUGUAACAGGAAAUAUGUCAUUGAUCAGAUCAGUCAGCACAAAUCAUGGAUAUAAUUCAUUUACCUGUCAUAGUGACAAACUAUAUGUUGCAGACAUUCAUUCCGUACAUGUUUAUUCAACUGAUGGUGAAUAUAUAAAACAGCUUUACACAUCAGAAGACAAAGAGUACAUGUAUACAUAUACUGACAUCGCAGUGAGUAAUGACGGUAGUAUGAUAUAUAUCUUGAACCGAAGUAAUAAGCUGACUACUAUUGACAGCUCCGGUAACCAUUUAUUCACGUUAGAUAUACCUGAUAUUCAACCAUUUAAUAUUUACCAAAAUCAAAUAUGUGUAGAUGAUCAAGGAUUCAUAUUCGUUUUGGGUGAACAUAUUAUUAAUGUAGAUGAAGAUGAAGAAGAAGGAACGUCGACUAUAAUACAGAUAAGUCCUGACGGCCAAAAGUCCUACGGGGCGUUAAUCGAAAUUGAAGGUAGUGAUUAUCGUUCGAUUCAGUUUGACAGUAAAAAAAGUGCAUUAGUCUUAUCAGGAAAGUUAAAAAUGAUAAAAGUUUUAAAGCUCCGUUAAUACUUCAUGCAAAGUUGGAAAAACAUCAUAUAUGUUAAAAGCUGUUACAUGUUGAUGACCACAUAACUUAUCGAAAAUUGUUACACUUUUCCCCGGACACAAGGUUUUUAACAACACUUACUGUCUUCUAUUCGCUUUACUUCACAAAAGUUCAGAUGUAAAAACCGCUACUGACCUUAUACAUUUCCGAUACUUUGUACCAGUUCCAAUCUAUCUGUCCACUACUUACCGACAACUUCUCUACUUAAAACAUAUAUAUAGUUUGCGACUUGAUAAUUUGAUGACGACAUCAAAGAAAAUAUUUCACGAUAUUCGGGGAAAAUAGCAAAAAUGAUUUGAUAUCAUUAGAAAUGAGUGAAAAAAUUGUUAAUGCUUGACAUGUAAGCUCACAUAACAUUGCACUCGCACACUAUCAGUUAUUUUGUUUCAAUCGUAGCUACGUCACUCAUUAACUAAUCUCCGUCCGAGAAUUGAAAAAAAAAAACAACUACAUCAAUAAUCGUUAAACGUUACUCAUGAACAUAUUACAGACAGUAUUUCUCUAAAAUAACUUGAAUUCUUACGCAAAACGUCUGUUUUAUUUCACUAACACAUAUGUACCCUAAACUUUACCACCUUAAAAUUUACGUGUUUUAUAAAGUGUAAGUAUCACACAUGUUAUUAUUGAGUGCAAGUAUCAUACAUAUAUAAAUUGAAUGCAUGUAUCAAAUAUCUGAUACUGAGUGCAAGUAUCACACAUGCUUUUAUUGAUAUUGUUUUUAUUGAGUGCAAGAAUCAUGUAUGUUUCAUUGAGAGCAAGUAUUACACGUGUUUUUAUUCAAUGCAAGUAUCACCAUUAUUUAUAAAGUGCAAGAAUCACGCGUGUUUCAUUGAGAGCAAGUAUUACACGUGUUUUUAUUGAGUUCAAGUAUCACAAGUGUUUCAUUGAGAGCAAGUAUAACACAUGUAUUUAUUGAAUGCAUGUAUCACACAUGUUUUAUUUAUUGCAAGAAUCACGCGUGUAUGUAUUUAUCGAGUACAAGUUUCAUACAUGCUUUUAUUUAGAGCAAGUUUCAGCCAUCAUUUUAUUGAGUGCAAUAAUCACAGAUGUUUUAUUGAGUGCAAUUAUCAUACAUGCUUUUAUUGAGAGCAAGUGACAGCCAUCAUUUCAUUGAGUGCAAUUAUCAUAGAUGUUUUAUUGAGGCAAUUAUUAUACAUGGUUUUUAUUGAGAGCAAGUUUCAGCCAUCAUUUUAUCGAGUGUAAGAAUCACACAUCUUUUUACUAUCCUUGUUUUAUGCAUUUGAUAUCGGGAUGUAGCAAUAUUAUAUCCCGCAAACUGUAGUGUUUUUAUGCUUCAGUAACACAUUGACAAAAAGUGUCAUUGCAAAUAGUAAACAAUUUAUUAUAUCAUAUUAUAUUGAUUUUUAUUGUAAAAACAAUGUUACUGUAAACAGAGAAAUUUGAAACAUAAUAACUCGUACAAGAUCAUUUUGUUAGUCUAGGUUGUAAAAUAAAGUUUUGAGUAGAA